AUGGCCGCCGCCGCACCUCCACCGCCGCCAACCCCGACUCCCAAUCCCCCCACCGACCUGCCGCAGUCCGAUUCCGCCACCCCAUUCUCCCUCACGCUCUUCUCCCGCAUCCGGCUCGCCACCCCGGCCGACGUCCCCCACAUCCACAAGCUCAUCAACCAAAUGGCCGUCUUCGAGAAGCUCACCCACAUCUGCUCCGCCACCGAAUCCGGCCUCUCCUCCACCCUCUUCAACUCGCCUCCUUUCCAGUCCUUCACCGUCUUCCUCCUCGAAAUCUCCCACUCUCCAUUCUUCAACCCCCCACCUCCUUCUGGCAGUGGGUUCGCUCCAAUCGACCGGAUCGUCAGCUUGGAGCUUCCCCUGGUCGACCCGGAAGCCGAAUCGUUCAAGAGCGGCAGCAACGGUGCCGAGAACGAAGUCGUGGUUGCUGGGUUCGUGCUGUUUUUCCCCAAUUACUCCACUUUCUUGGCGAAGCCGGGGUUCUAUGUGGAGGAUUUGUUCGUGAGGGAGUGUUACAGGAGGAAAGGGUUUGGCAGGAUGCUGCUGUCUGCGGUGGCGGCACAGGCCGUGAAGUUGGGUUACGGGAGGGUCGAAUGGGUCGUGCUUGAUUGGAAUGUGAACGCCAUUAAGUUCUACGAAAAGAUGGGCGCGAAAGUGUUGCCUGAGUGGAGGAUUUGCAGGUUAACUGGCGAUCAACUUGAAGCAUAUCGCGAUGCUAUGUAG